UCUUUUUCACUUUCGUCGUCUGCAAUAUCCUCAUUAUCUUUCGAAUCACCUGUCACCAUUUCUCCCUUGAAACCCAUCGCCUUUUCUAGUUUCCCGAUUUCCGUCAUUCUUCUGUCGUUCGCUUUAGCAGUUCAUCGGUGGUCAUGACUGGGGGAGACUGAGUUCUAUUAACGUUGGGAGAAGAUGCACGGGACAUGUUUUCUGCAGUAAGAUAAGGGUUAUGGAUUUUGUCUAGUACGUCCGUGGAAUCCGAGUCUGUGUAAGACCGCAUUUAGAGUUGACUUUUGAAAACAUUUUGUCGCACAUAAACACUGUUUACGUACUUAGGACGAAGAAAGGAAUUAUGCAGUUUCAAGCAACAGAAGAGUAUUCCUACUUACGUCUCAAAGGACAAAUGUUGUACAUACCGGAGACGGAUAUAGUGAUCUUCCUUUGUUAUCCUAGCGUGAUGAAUCUUGACGAUUUAACAAGGCGUGGCCUGUAUCUCAGUGACGUGCCACUUCACGAUGCCACCAGGGACUUAGUUUUAAUGUCGGAGCAGUUUGAAGCUGAUUAUAAACUCACUAGAAACUUGGAAUUGCUAACGGACAAGUUACAACAAACCUAUCGAGAACUCGAUGGCGAAAAGCAGAAGACAGACAGGUUGCUUUACUCAGUGCUGCCCAUUUCCGUGGCGAGCGAGUUAAGGCAUUCUAGACCAGUACCCGCCAGAAAGUACGAGUGCGUUACGCUACUAUUUUCCGGCAUUGUUGGAUUCGCCGCUUAUUGCUCUGCCCACACGGAUUCUAGUGGGGCCAUGAAGAUUGUCGAUAUGCUCAAUCGACUUUAUAUAGCCUUUGACGUCCUCACGGACCCCAAGAAGAAUCCAAACGUCUACAAGGUGGAAACUGUCGGAGACAAGUAUAUGGCAGUAAGUGGAUUGCCAGAACCUUGUCGUUCUCAUGCAAGAUGUAUAGCACGAUUGGCGUUAGACAUGAUGGAUUUAGCAGCAGACGAAGUACAGAUAGAUGGAAAGCCCGUGAAAAUUACUAUCGGCAUCCACAGUGGUGAGGCGGUCACUGGAGUGAUUGGACAUCGAAUGCCACGCUAUUGCCUCUUUGGCAACACCGUCAACCUCACGAGCCGCACGGAAACCACUGGCGUACCAGGAAAAAUAAAUGUUUCGGAAGAUGCCUACAGGUAUCUCUGCAUGCCGGAGAAUCAAGAUCCACAGUUUUUGUUGGAGUACAGAGGACCUAUUUUAAUGAAAGGAAAAUCUGAUCCGAUGAAUGUAUGGUUCCUAUCAAGGGAGAGAGAAUUGAUAUCAUAAGCCGUACUUGAACGCAUGAUGGCUAAUUAUAAUUAACACUGAGGGACUCUUAACUCUGCAUAUAGAAGUACCUAGCAAAAAUCUCAAGACAAAUUUUCCAGUCUUCAAUAUUAAUGAUAUAGAAUAAAAAGAACAUGUACAAUCAUGUAAAUUAGGAGGUGCAAGGAAGUCAUAUAAAUUAAUGUACUUUUUAAAUGUCUUGAUUUUUUAUUUAAAGAAACGUU